CCUCUGCCUUUUUGUCUCUCCAUCAAUACAGUCAGCCAACAACAGCGCUGGGGCUGAGGAAAUGGAUGGUGUGUCUAUUUUUGGAAGCAGGGAAGGAGGGCAAACCAAAAGUAAACUAGGGAGAGAGCGAGGGAGGAGGAGGGAUGUGAGGAGAAGAUAAAUCUGCAUUCUACAGCUGCCUCUGGUCAGAGACAGUUGGAGCUACAGAGAAGCAGCAUCACCGGCUGGAGACACAGCAUCAUACAUUUAAAACAUACUCAGCUGCGAAAAGGCUGCAGGCUGAUAAUUGAGAUUGCAAGAGCAGAGAAAAGAAUAAAAUAGCAACUGGACAAAACAAACACAGCUAUGCGUCUACGGUCCAGACUGCUGUCCAAGAGAAGACUCCUGCUGCCCACAAUCAGAGAGGGCACAGAGGAGACGGUGAGGGAUUUGAAUGAGGCCAACACGCUCCACAUCACUGGCCAUGGCCAGGCUGUCUCCUCAGAGGACUACCUCCUCUCCAUCUGCCACCUGGCUCACCCCACCUUCCCCACCUUGGAUGUUUCCUCCUACAACAUCCAGCAGCUGGACUCUGUGCACCAAAGACUGCAGCUCUCACGGCUCAGCGAGACUACAUCAACCACCUUUGAAUUCAACCCCACAGAGGAGGCGCAUGCUAUUGAUAUGCAGCAGGGAGAGGGGAAAGGACUGAAUGGCGAGCUGAUGUUAGGCAACGCUGACCCUCUGGAGUAUCUUUAUGGACACCAGAAUAACCUCUCAGGGGGUGUGAGGAGGGCAUUUGUUGAGGCGAGGUGUAUAAGGCAACAUGGGAGCACAUGGGAGGGCCAGGCCCACUCCAGAGCGCUCAGCAUCCCCCAUGCUUCAAGUCCAGACCUCCAAUACCAGAGCAAGAGCACCUGCCCUGAGUUCCACAGCAGCACUAACACUUCUGUACCAAACGUCUCCCCAAAACCAAGCUUAUCCAGGUUGGAUGCCAGAGGGAGCCCAGCAGUCAGAGGAGCAGAGGGGGGAGAGACAGAAUCCAACCAUGAAAACAUCCCUCAUAUCCCAGUGGAUCUCUGACUGCAGAUUGGCGUGGAGGGAGGCGCGUGUACGAGUCUGCUUGCUGCCCGCCAUUGCUGAGAUAUAGAGCGCAAAUGGACAGACACUGUGAGCAAAGACAUUCCUCAAUAAAGUAUCCUAAUCUUUUUCUGUCAGUGAAUGAAACAUUGGUGUUAGGAGAUAUGUAGAUGUGGAUUAUGAGAGAGAGAGAGAAAUAUGAUUUAAUAGGCUACACAUUUAAAAACAUGCAGAGGCAAGUAAAUAUUGUCAUGAUUGUCCAUCUGUAAUGUUACAUCAAUGUCAUUAUUUACUAUUACAACCUAAAUGCUUGAUGUAUGCUGGUGAUCAUACAAAAUCAUUAAAAUAGACAAUUCUGCAAAAAAAAAUUUUUUUUACCCUCCAGUGAUUUCUGAAGU